AUGCGCCCAGACAUAAGGCAAGUCAUUUUGGGAUGCCCUUCAUGUCAGACGAAAAAACUUGUAAGGGUGAAAACAAAACAAGCGUUGCUCAUUACGGAUACACCGAGUAGACCUUUUGAAAAAAUUUCAAUAGACUACUACGGGCCAAUCAUGAAGAGAGCAAUAGCUGAGGAGACCGUGAGGGCAAUAACCGAUAAAUUUAUAGCAUAUUUCGGACCCCCGGAACAUCUACUGUCUGACCGAGGCACCCAUUUCAUGAAUAAAAGCAUGGAUGAACUAGCAAAAUUAUUUAAAAUAGACAAAAUGGGUAGUACGGCAUUUCACCCUCAAACAAAUGGGGCCAUCGAACGAAUGCAUCAUACGCUCACCGAAUAUAUAAAAGCCUACGUGGAGAAAGAAGAUCAGUGGGACGAGCACUUACCAUUGUGCAUGCACUCAUACAAUACUACGGACCAUGAGAGUACAGGGGGGGAAGCCACUCCGAUAGGAAAGCAACCGGGAAAAGUAGAGCUAUUCGAGAAGAAUCCGGGGAUAUUAGUGGAAAAUCUGGGGCAGGCCCAAUCAGUUGCGUCUACUUGGAAAAUAAUAUGGUAUGUAGAUUGGGAUCAAAGAAUCAGAGAAACGGAUGCAUUUGCGAGAGCAAGCAAUCAAGUGGAAUGGAAAUGCAGAGUAACAAUAAGCAAAGAAGACGCCUGCAGAAAUCGCAUAAGAAUGGCUACUCACAAGACCAUAAAAGCGCUGCAAGGUGUCGAAACAGCGUACAGGGCAGUAGUAGGGCAGGAAGUUCGCAGCCAAGUAGAGACAGUACAGGUACUCCAGGGACAGAUAUCGGAAUCUAACAAGGACAAGAUACGGGAGUUGACGGAAUUGAAUUUGACAGGUACGACCGAUAUAACGAAAUAUCUCAAAGAACAAAUAAGAGUCUCUGCGUUCGGUGAUCAUGAACAAACAAUGCAAAUAAUAAAAAAUUAUGAGGAUAAAGCAGGAGAUGUUAAAGAAGAAGGGCUUAAAAUAUUUACAGAUUGG